AUGCGACUCUUUUGCCUCGCCGGUAUUCCCGGCACUCUAGCGGCCUCGUCAGGUCUGUUCAACGUCCUCUCCUUCAACGUUGCUGGUCUCCCCCCGAUCUUCAACAACAACGACGUCCCCGGAGAUAAAGCUACGAAUUCCGAAGCCAUUGGGGCCAGGUUUGCAGAGUACGGCUACGAUGUGAUUCAUGUGCAGGAAGACUUCAAUUUCCACGCCCAUGUCUAUAAGACCGACAACCAUGCAUAUCGCACCGCCACUUCGGGAGGCGCGGGGUUUGGAUCAGGCUUAAAUACCCUGGCUAAUUUUCCCUGGAUCGACUUUGAGCGGAUCAAAUGGGAUACCUGUUCCGACGCCUCGGGCGCCGACUGUCUGACGCCAAAGGGAUUUACAAGUAUGCGCUUGCGCUUGGAUGAAGGUGUCUACGUCGACUUUUACAAUCUGCAUGCGGACGCCGGAUCCAACUCGGCCGAUGUUGAGGCUCGAGGCGCCAAUCUGCAGCAGUUGGCCGACUACAUCGGCAACAACUCGGCUGGGAAUGCCGUGCUGGUCUUCGGCGAUACAAACGCGCGGUAUACAUCGUCAGGGGAGAAGAUUCGGGUGUUUGAGAAAGAACAGAGUAUGAACAAUCCUUGGAUACAGUUGAUUCUUAAUGGAGAAGAACCGAGUCAGGGCAUUGAUCCCUGGAAGUGCGACAAUCCCACUCCGAACAACACCUGCGAGACGGUUGAUAAGAUCUUUUAUCGAGGAAGCCGGGCUCUAAGCCUGGACGCUAAAUUCUGGAAUUACGAGGAUGCCAAGUUCCUGUCCAACAACGGCACUAUUUUGUCCGACCAUAAUCCUAUUACCUCCAACUUCACGUGGACGCUCUCGGAGACUUUGCGCCCGAGCGAUCUCUUUGGUGGACCUCACGGCACUUGGUUCAAUGAUAUGCCCUCGUUGCCUAACUCUAAGACCCAGAGCAAACCAAGCAACAUCUUGCUGCGUGGUGCUAAUCGUCUGGACGGCGUUACACUGACCAUGGCCUCGGGAAAGAACUACACGCACGGCGGCACCGGCGGUGAUCUAGUCAAGCUGGCCUUGAACGAGGACGAAUACUGGAUACAGAGCACACUGUGCCAGGGCAAACACAACAAUCACACGCGCAUAUUCUACCUGCAGGCGGUGACGAGCGUUGGAAACAAACUGGAGGUUGGCACCCAGACGGACGAUUGUCAGGAAUUCAGGGCACCCCAGGGCUGGCAGGUCGUAGGCUUUUAUGGCCGUGAUGGCGACGAAUUAGAUCAGCUGGGAUUUAUUUAUGGAUUGCAAUAA